GGGAAAAACAAAAAGAAAAAGAGUUGACGGACUGUUUCAUGAAGUGUUGGUCCGUUACCGCCCAAAUGAAUCCUCCAAAUGAAAAGCUAAGCCGCGCUCCCUCCAAAAUAAUUGCCCAUAUUCAUUAAUGCAAAAUUCUACAAAACAGAGCAAGAAAGAAAAGCAAAGGCAAAAUAACAUUGUAGAAUUGGAAAUUGCCAGGUAGUAUACAAAGGAUAGCAAGAAGUAGUAGAAAUAGAGUGGCUGCAAAGGAAAAUCACGGUGAGAAGAAGCAAUAAGUAGUGGCAGAAGGAGAGAGUUUAGGAUUGGUACUCAAAUAUCAAAAGGCUUGAGAAGGUGAACGGGAAUUAUGGAGUACAAGGUUGGGAGAUCCGGAGAAGAGAUAAAGCAGAAGAAACACAGGCUGAGCUAAACGAGCUGUAUAACAUUGCUGUUAAUAACCAAUGAAGGAUAUUAAAGAUUACAGAAAUGCUAUGUUCUCAUCCGAGAGCAAAAGCUUCCACUUCUGGACCUGAAGCAUUGGACAAAGGAAAAAAAUCUAUACAGGAGGACUAUACAAUGCACACGAGUCCUGAUACCGAAGAAGAGCUAGAAUUUCAAUCUGCUGAAAAAGGAGGCAACGAUGAAGAUGAUGAUGCUGAUGAAAUUGAUGCGGAAGGGUCUGAAGAAGAUAAGCAUAAUGCAGCGCAGUAUGAAGAAAACGAUGCAAUUACGAGGACAAAUAUUGAAGUCAGAGAACUCCCAGAGCUAAAUGAAGAUGUAAUGGACAUGGAGAAUCCAAUUUAUACCUCAUCAGUCGUGCCUAAUAACAUCAGUCAGGGAUUGCAACAAAGGACCACUAUGACAACAACUGAGCAAGGAAGCAACAGUGUGUUUGAAGAGUGUUACAAAAUAGUUAUUGAAAAGUUACAAUAUGUUUGAAGAGUAUUACAAAAUAGUUAUUGUAGUGUUACAGUGUUUAAAAAUUAAUACAGAACUGUUAUUGUUACUGUUAGUUACAGUGUAUUUGAAGAAUGUUACAAAAUAGUUAUUUGUAA